AUGACCAUCACAUCAGUUGUUGGUCUUCUCCUACCAAACCAGACGCUGGCGUCCACGGUUUUUUGGCAGUGGUUGAAUCAGAGCCACAACGCAUGUGUCAACUAUGCAAACCGAAAUGCAACUAAGGUGGGCCUUAAUGUUCUGGUUGAGAGAGCAAACAAGUUUACGCCAGCUACCCGCCUCCUGAUCCAGAGGUUUGUGCCAUUCCCUGCUGUAGCUAGUGCCAAUAUCUGCAAUGUUGUUCUGAUGAGGCACACAGAGCUGGAAGAAGGGAUUGACGUCCUGGACAGUAACGGAAACAUUGUCGGAUCUUCCAGAAUUGCUGCCAAACAUGCACUGAUAGAGACAGCCCUGACUAGAGUGGUCCUGCCAAUGCCUAUACUGGUUCUACCUCCAAUGAUUAUGUCUAUACUGGAAAAAACGUCUCUCCUGCGAUCCCGGCCCCGGAUGGUUCUCCCAGUGCAAGGCAUUGUGUGCCUCGCGGCCUUUGGCCUGGCUCUUCCCUUGGCCAUCAGUCUCUUUCCACAGAUGUCGGAGAUUGAGACAUCUCGACUGGAGCCAGAAAUUGCAAUGGCCACUACCAGUAAGGCGGUUGUCUACAAUAAAGGAUUGUAAGUGGAAGUGGAUCCUCUGAGCACAGAAGAUUGGGGGAGGAAAAGGGGACGCUCACAAUUACUUCUCGGGGGGAAAAACAAACGCUAGAACUCAGAGAUAGUAACAUACCACUCUCAGGAGCUGGGAGUGAAUUAACACUUUCAGAAUACUGACACCUCACAUCAGUCAAAAAGAUUACUAGUAAAAGUUUUAAAUUAGCAACAAGAACAAAAACAAAUGACUUUCAAGCACGUUAGAGAACUAGCUACAAUAUAAUGUCCUGAAUUAGAAACAGCUCUGCAUGGAAAGGAGUUUAAUGAUCUGUUGACAUGGGUAUGCCUAACUCUCCGUGAAAGUAGACUACGCAAGACAAUUUUGUUUUUUUAAUAAGAAUGAAAUCUCAACACUUGGAUGCUGCACAGAAAUAAUUCUGUAGAAAUCGAUUGGUGCAUGAGUUAGAAGCGCUAGACAGGGCAUUUGAUAAGUGUACAGUAUUGAUUAAAUGUCCAUCUUGCGCCAGUAAUCAUGCACAAAAACAAUGUUCCUUGGUUAGGUUUGUGACACUUUGAUUCUAAACAAAUAACACAAUGAAGGUCAUAGCCUGUGUGCCCUCCCUCCCUCCCUCCCUCUCCAACAAACAACCAGGGUGGUAUCCUGGCAUUCAUUGGUCUUACAAGAUAUUCUGUGUGAUUGGAGCCUAAUGCACUAGCAUAUUUGCAGGUUUUGCCCAGGCUAGCAAGCUAACGAAAAGUCAACCUGCCAAGUUACAGUGCACAGAAUGGGAAGAGAUCUGCUAGUAUAAACAGAUCUGUCCUUUAACUUUGCAUAAUGGACCAAAUUCUGUUCUCAUGUACAUUGACAUACCCCUAGAGUAAAUUCACUGGCUUCUGUUAAAUUACACGGCUAUAAAUGAGAGCAGAAUUAGCCUAAUGGUGAAGGGCCAGAUCCUCGGCAGGUGUAAACCAUCAGACUCCAUCUAUUUCAGUGGAACUCUGUUGAUUGACACUAUCAGAAAAUCUGACUUGUCAUAUAGACCACAUUCUAAUCGCUCACACCAGAGUAAUUCCGCUGCAGCCAGUGGCGUUACUGCAGAUUUAGGUUACAGAGCUUAGAAUUUGUCCCAUUGCUGCAUUUCACCAAUUAAUACAAUGAGAAUGAAAGGAUCUUUAUCCAGGUACGAUGGUAAUGGGUACUAUAGAAAUACACAUAAUGAUUAAAAUGCCAGGUUGGAUUGGGGCUUUUGGGGGGUGCAUGGGAAACCAAACUGCCUCUGCUGUAGAAUGUAUACAAAUGGGUUCUUGCAAUGGUUCAUGGGUAGCAGGCUGAUGUCACCAAUGUGUUACUCCAGUUUUAUGCUCGUCUGACUCCUCGCUGGAGUUACACAGUGGUGGAUCAAACCAAAGGGGGCUGAUUCUGCUCCCAUGCUGGUAUAAAUCAGGAGUAACUGCGCGGAAGUCAGUGGGGUUACACCAGUGUCUAAAACCAGCCUAAGUGAGAGGAGAAUCCGUCUCAACGCAUUGUAGCCAUACUUAGCUUAGUGGGCCAAAUCAUGUUCUCAGUUACGCUGGUGUAAAUCCGGCGUAUUUUCACUUAAGUCUACGGCCCUAUUCUGGAUUUACCCCAGGUGUAACAGACAGCAGAAUUUAACCCAAUAUAGUUCUUGUAAUGCACUAGAUCACAUGACUGUACGUGAGUGAGGCAGCCAGUGUCUGCUGAGCACUAGCCAAGCAGAAGGAGUUUAGAAGGAGACAGACGGGAAUAAAUGUGCUGUACCGAGGCACAGAAGUACAAGAAAUAGCAAGAAUGGACUCUGACGGGUGCAGGAAACGAUGGGGGAAGUGUAUAUUCUGAAGCACGUUCCACCAAUGCACAGAUGGAACGUGGAAAUAUUGGGCUGGUGCGCCUCUUACACAAUUGUUUUACCCCAAAGCGACUCCAUGCUCACCUACA